UACACUAAUGAUUAUUUUAUGAAAUAAAAUAAAUAUACAAGAGAAAAAUAAUAAGAAUAAAAUAAAAAAUAUUAUUCAUACGAGUGUUGAUGUUGAAAUAAACAUCUCUCAAAAAAAAAAAAACAACAAAAAGAAAAAAACAUUUUUAACAUUUUUGCACCUUUCCUGUGAUCUCUGAAUAAAGGAUUCUGCGUUCCAAUAAUAAAUUUUAGAAAAUCAUAUACACAAACAUUAUAAACAAAUACACACAAUAUACCAAUAACAACAACAAUAGUUUGGCAAAAAACAACAGCAAAACAACGAAAACAAAAAUAAAAUAUAAUAAAAGAAAUUCGCGGAUAUAUUGAAGAGAAGAAGAAUGUAAAAUAUCAGCAGUAGCAGCAGCAACAACAACAACAACAACAACAGCAACAAUAACAACACGUUAAAGAGCAAAAAACAAGAAGUACUAAAGAAGAAAAAGAGAUGUAGAAGAAGUAAAAGAAUCAGCAAAAGCACAACAAGAAAAAAAGGAUGAUAUAUUGCACUCCAUGUAAUGGAACAAAAAAAAAUUUUUUUAUAUAUAUAAAAUUGUUUUUGUUUUUUUUUCUUGUUUUCUUCUUGGUUACUCGGUGAUUGAAACGGUAUAUCAGUUUGCUCUUAUAAAAGGAGUAUAUAGUGUUUUCUGAAAAAUUAAACUUAUCUGACGCACAAUAAAACCUGGCAUGAAAAUUCAAUAGAAUAAAAAAAAAAAAUUGAUAUUAAAAAAGAGAUAAGAAGAAGAUAAAAAAAAAAUAUACAGAAAAAAAAAAAAUUUUUUUUUUUUUGUGAAAAGAAAAAUUUUUCUUCAUUAUUUUGUUUUUUUAUUUUAAAUUUUACUAAAAAAAAAAAUAAAAUUAAUAUAAAAAAUUAAAUUUUCAUUUGAAUUUCAUUUUAAAUGAAAAAAUUCAAAAGAAUUUUCUUAUAAAAUUAGAAAAAAAAAAGAGAAAGUGUUAAAAAAAAUUUUUUUUUGAAAAAAAAAAAAAAAGAGUGAAAAAAAUCAAGAAGAAAAAAAAAUUUUUUUUUUAUCUCAAUAAUUUAUAACAGGAAAAAAGAAACGAAAAUUAUAAAAAUAUAACAAAGAAAAUAAGAAAAAUAAAAAAAAAAAAAUAUAAAAAAUGGCAGAUACAAACGAUAUAAUUGAAUUAAAUGUUGGUGGGGUUCAUUACACUACAACUUUAAAAACAUUAACAAGUGAUAAAAAUUCAUUAUUAAAUGAAUAUUUUACUGAUAUUAAAAAAAAAGGUAUUAAAGAUAGUAAAGGAAGAUAUUUUUUGGAUCGUGAUGGUGUUUUAUUUCGUUAUAUAUUGGAUUAUUUACGUGAUAAACAAUUAAAUUUACCAGAAGGUUUUCGUGAAAAAGUUCGUUUACGUAUGGAAGCUGAACAUUUUCAAUUAAUUGGAAUGAUAGAAAGUAUGAAAGAAUUAUCUGAAAUACGUCCAACUGGUUGUAUAACAAUUGGUUAUCGUGGAAGUUUUCAAUUUGGUAAAGAUGGUUUAGCUGAUGUUAAAUUUCGUAAAUUAUCACGUAUAUUGGUAUGUGGACGUGUUGCAUUAUGUCGUGAAGUAUUUGGUGAUACAUUAAAUGAAUCACGUGAUCCAGAUCAUGGUGGACCAGAUAGAUAUACAUCAAGAUUUUUUUUGAAACAUUGUUUUAUUGAACAAGCAUUUGAUAUGUUAAAUGAUUGCGGUUUUAAAUUAUCUGGUAGUUGUGGUUCUGGUACAGCUGGUUCAGCUGCUGAAUUAAAACCAGGUGUUGAUUCUGAAGAGAAUAGAUGGAAUCAUUACAAUGAAUUUGUAUUUAUACGUGAAUAAAAAAAUAUUUUUUUUUUUUGAAUAUUUUUAAUUAUUUUUAAUUAUUUCAAUUUAUUUUUAUAAAUAAAUACACAUACAUACAAUACAAUAAUAUUUAUAAUUUUAUUUUAAAUUAAAUUAAUUUAUAUAUAUUUCAAAUUCUCAUAUUCUAUACAUAUUAUAUACAAUUUAUAAUUUUCAUAUAUAAUUUUUAUUUUAAUGAUAAAUUAAUUAUUUAUCAAAAUUAAAAAAAAAAAAUUAAAUAAACACAAAUAUAAUACAAAUUUUUUGCAAAAAUAUAUACAUAUAUAUUAUGUAUAUAUAUAUACAUAUAUAAAGAAAUCAUAAAUUAAACAAGGAAAUAAAAAUAAUAAUUAUUAAAUAAUUGUAAUAAGUAUUAAGAAUAAAGUAUAGAAAAAAAAUAACAAUAAUGAAAAUAAAUAAUCAUAAUAAAUUAUAUAGUAAAAUUAUAUUAAACAAAGAGAAGAAGAUGAAGAUGAAGAUGAAAAAGAAGAAGAAAAAAAGAACAAACAAAAACGAUAAUCAUUAUCAUUUUAACGCAUAAAGCAAAAAAAAAAUAAUAUGAACACUUCUAUAUACACAAAUUAUUUAAAAUAAUAUGAAAACGUUAUUAUAAUUUACACAUAUGUAUAUAUAUAUACAUAUAUGUACACAACUAUAUACACAUUAUAUGAAUGUAUAAUAAUAAUGAAAACUUCAAUCAACGAUUUACAAGAAAAAAAAAGAAAUUAUAAGACAUUUU